UAACACAACGUUGCAUGAUGGCUCACAUACACAUACAGCCGCCAUUUUGAUGGUUGAGAGAGUUUGACACUCCGAGUGUUCUUUAAUAAAAGCAAUAAAAAGUAUACUUUGGAGUAAUUUAUUGAACAUAAAUAAAUAAAUCUGAUAACUAUGGAAUAAAGGUCAUACGUAAAAUGUUUUCUUACUAAUUAUUUCGCUAAUACUCGACGACAAAUGGUUAAAACGAGCGAAAAAUUUUAUUGUUUAUAUCCAAAUAAUUGAAACGAGUAAUAAAAAAACUCAAGUUAAUAAAAAACUAAAAAAUAAAUAAAACAAUUAAAUAAUAAUAAUGUCAGGAAAGGGUAAAUUAAAUAUUAAAAAAACUCCAAUAAAAGUACGUGAAGGUGGCAAAUCAGCUCAAUCAUCAAUUCAAAAUUCUGAAACAAGUCCAGAAGGUGGUACUGAACAUUCAACAAUAACAUUGCCAGUUAUAAACGUAUCAGAAAAUGCUAAAUUAUUGCCAAAAUAUACAAGUAUAUUACAGAGAACAACUCAAGAAGGUGUUCAACUUGAUGAAUUAGAUACUUUGCAAUUAGAAUUAGAAACAUUAUUGUCAUCAGUUGUUGUAAGAUAUCGAAUGUUACAAGAUGAAAUUGUUUGUUUAUCAUCAGCUGAAGAACGUCGUGAUAAAAAAACAAAAAGUGGAAAGGGCAUAUUAAUUUCAUCGAUUGAUAAAAAAACACGUGACGAUAAAAUACGUUCUCGUGAUACUAAUAUAAAAACAAAUUCAUCACCAUUACCAUCAAAAUUAUUGAAAUCGAAAUCAUCAUCAUCUAGUAGUAAUAAUUUAAUUGUUCCAAAUCCACAUGAAAUUGCCAGAGUUGAAGGAUCAAAAACUGACAUACCCAAGAUACUAUUACCAAAAAAUGAUACUACAAAUAAAUUUUGGGCAUCUGUUGAUCCAUAUUGUAAUGAUAUUAUGACUGAUGAUAUAAACUUAUUGCAACAACUUAUUGCAACACAUUCGGAUAUAAAUGAUUUUAAAAAAAUACCUCCACUUGGACGUCAUUACAGUUAUCUUUGGGCACACAAUGAUUUAUUACAAGAAGAAGAAGCUGGUAACAAAGAAAAGAAAAAAAAUAAAACUGAUAUAGUAUCAUUGAUAACGAAAGGUGAUAAAAAAACAAAUGGUAUUGCUGGACCAUUAACACAACGACUUGUAUCAGCAUUUCUUGAAGAAAACGUCUAUGUUGCUAAUAAUAAUACUGACAAUAAAUUGUUUAGAGAUGGGGAUCCACCAGUACUUCGUGAUCUCUCAAUACAAAAUUCUAUGAAUCUCGAAUUACGUAUGCACAAGGAAUUAGUUGAGCAGGGUAUUUUAGAUCCUGAUUUAAACAGAAAAAAUCAAGACGAUGAUGAAAUACUUGCUGAAAUAAAACGUUGCCAGCAAGAUCUUAUGGCUUUAUCUAGUCACAAUGUAUCUCAGUUGAAAAGACUCAUGAAUCUUGCCCAAGAAGAGACCAAAAGACAAGGAUUAAAAAGAAAAAUUGAUAUUGCUGAUGGAGAAGUUGUUGAACAUUAUAAAAAAUUAAUAUCAUCAAAACAAAGAAAAGUACCACUUACAAAAAAAGAACAAGAAAAAGCUUGGUCUUGUUUAAAAGAGCGCGAAACGUUGCUUCAACAACUCAACAUUAUGCCAAGUAACAAUGUUGGUGAACCGCAGACUCUAAUCACUACUCAGCCUACACUGUAACCAACUGAUUUAUCAAAAAAAUCAAUAAUAUUUAAAUAAAAAUUUGUUUUCUUAAUAAUAAAAAAAUGUUCUUGUAAUUGUUUA